ACCGGGUCCCCGGCGCCCGGGAAGGGAACAGGGAGUCCCGGCCGCUCGGCCUGAGACUGGGGCGCACGGCGAGGAGGCUUCUGGAAAGGAGUCCAGGGUGUUUGGGGACAGCUCUUCCCAACUUGGAAAGGGCAGUGCAGAUGCUCAUUGCCAUUGUUGGUGGAAGCUGCUUCUUUGGGGCUUCUGUGGGGGAAUAUCCGGCUGACUCAUCUCAGCAUUUCUAUUAAGGAUCGUUAAUCUGCCUCUGAGCCCACGAAUCCUGAGAUCCGAGCCUUUGGUUAAACCCAACCGCUAUAAUCUGAAAAAGGCAGAAACCCUCCAGAUGUCUUCUAGUAAUGCUGAAGUUUGUAUCCCAAUGUCACCAAGUAACCCCAAUGGCCUACCCAGGACGACCUCCAACGACCUGAAGACAGCCAUGGAGGGAGCCGUGUUAAGUUUCCAUAACAUCUGCUAUCGAGUAAAAUUGAAGAGUAGCUUUCUACAUGGUCGAAAAACAGUUGAAAAAGAAAUACUAUCAAAUAUCAAUGGGAUCAUGAAACCUGGCCUCAAUGCCAUUCUGGGACCCACAGGUGGAGGCAAAUCUUCGUUAUUAGAUGUCUUAGCUGCAAGGAAAGAUCCAAACGGAUUAUUUGGAGACGUUUUGAUAAAUGGAGCGCCUCGACCUGCCAAUUUCAAAUGUAAUUCGGGUUACGUGGUACAAGAUGAUGUCGUGAUGGGCACUCUGACGGUGAGAGAAAAUUUACAGUUCUCAGCAGCUCUUCGACUUCCAACAACUAUGACGAGUCAUGAAAAAAAUGAACGGAUUAACAAGGUCAUUCAAGAAUUAGGUCUGGUUAAAGUGGCAGAUUCCAAGGUUGGAACUCAAUUUAUCCGUGGUGUGUCAGGAGGAGAACGAAAAAGGACUAGUAUAGGGAUGGAGCUGAUUACUGAUCCUUCCAUCUUGUUCCUGGAUGAGCCCACAACUGGCUUAGACUCGAGCACAGCAAAUGCUGUCCUUCUGCUCCUGAAAAGGAUGUCUAAGCAGGGGCGAACAAUCAUCUUCUCCAUUCAUCAGCCUCGAUAUUCCAUCUUCAAACUGUUUGAUAGCCUCACCUUAUUGGCCUCAGGAAAACUAAUGUUCCAUGGACCUGCUCAGGAGGCCUUGGGGUACUUUGCAUCAGCGGGUUACCAGUGUGAAUCCUAUAAUAACCCUGCGGACUUCUUCCUGGACGUCAUUAAUGGAGAUUCGACGGCUGUGGUGUUAAACAGAGAGGCUGAAGGCAGUGAAGCCACAGAGACUGAAGAACCUUCCAAGAGAGAUGUACCACUCAUAGAAAAAUUAGCUGAGUUUUAUAUCAACUCCUCCUUCUAUAAAGAAACAAAGGCUGAAUUAGAUCAACUCUCAGGGACUCCGAAAAGAAAGAAGACCCCCGCCUUCAGUGAGAUUGCCUAUGCCACCUCCUUCUGUCAUCAGCUCAGAUGGGUUUCCAGACGUUCAUUCAAAAACUUACUGGGUAAUCCUCAGGCCUCCAUAGCACAGAUAAUUGUCACAAUCAUACUGGGACUGGUUUUAGGUGCCAUUUACUUUGGGCUAAAAAGCGAUUCUGCUGGAAUCCAGAACAGAGCUGGGGUUCUCUUCUUCUUGACGACCAACCAGUGUUUCAGCAGCGUGUCAGCUGUGGAGCUCUUUGUGGUCGAGAAGAAGCUAUUUAUGCAUGAAUAUAUCAGUGGAUACUAUAGAGUGUCAUCCUAUUUCUUUGGAAAACUCUUGUCCGAUUUACUGCCCAUGAGGAUGUUACCAAGUAUUAUAUUUACCUGUAUAAUAUACUUCAUGUUAGGACUGAAGCCCAAGGCGGACGCCUUCUUCAUCAUGAUGUUUACCCUCAUGAUGGUGGCUUACUCGGCCAGUUCCAUGGCCCUGGCCAUUGCAGCAGGUCAGAGUGUGGUUUCCAUAGCAACGCUCCUCAUGACCAUCACUUUUGUGUUUAUGAUGAUUUUCUCAGGUCUGCUGGUGAACCUCACGACCAUCGCGUCCUGGCUCUCGUGGCUUCAGUACUUGAGCAUUCCGCGGUAUGGCUUCACGGCUUUGCAGCAUAAUGAAUUUUUGGGACAAAACUUCUGCCCAGGAGUCAACACAACACUCAACAAUUCCUGUGACUAUGCGAUAUGCUCCGGUGAAGACUAUUUGACAAGACAAGGCAUCGAUCUCUCCCCAUGGGGUUUGUGGCAGAAUCACGUGGCCUUGGCUUGUAUGAUUGUUAUCUUCCUAACAAUCGCAUACCUGAAACUCUUAUUUCUUAAAAAAUAUUCUUAAAUUCCCCUUUUAUUUACUUUGAUUUAUCCUCGCAGAAUCAAGGAGCACCUUUAUUUGUCUUACAUAUUCAAUCAAGGCUUUUUUGUUGCCAUUGAAGUGUUGUUUAGCAACCGUUUUUUCCAACAGAAACAUUCAUAAAAGUCAUAAUGAACUUUAUGCGAAAGAACACAAGUUAAAAACGAAUGAUAUUAUGUGUUGCCUGUUUAUCUCAUCUGACAGUAACCAUGAAAUCUACCCUAAUUUACUGAUCCAAAGAAAAAGGAGAAUCGAA